CCGGGUAGCCGAAGGGAGGAGAGUUGUUCCUGGGCUUCCGUCCUGGUUGCCGGCUCCUUAGGUGGGGAACACCUGGAUGCAUCCGAAGCAGGACAUGGAGCCAGUGACCUUUGAGGAUGUGGCUGUGAACUUCACUCUAGGAGAGUGGACUAUGUUGGAUUCUAAUCAAAAGAAGCUCUACAGAGAUGUGAUGAAGGAAACCUUUAUGAACCUGCUCUCCAUAGGGAAAACAGAAGAAGAAGGUAUUGAAGAGGAGUACCAGAAGUACAAGGGAAACCUGAGAACCCUGGUGGUUGAGAGGCUCAGUAAAUAUGAUCACGGUAGUCAGAAUGGAGAAACCCACCGACAGAGCCCAGAGCAUGUUGUGAAUGAGAAAAUGCCUCCUGCAAUAACUGGCUGUGAAAGAGACUUCAGUGCUCAUUUUCCCUCAGACACACAUGCCAAAGGUCAAACUGUAGAGAAACCAUACCAGUAUCAGGAGCAUAUGGAGAAGGCUUUUAAAUUUAAGAAAUGUUGGAAGGAUUUCACUUAUUCUGAGUUACUUCGGAUGCAUAAAAGUCCUCCUAUGAGACAGAAACCUUAUGAAAGCAAACAAUCUAAUGAAUCCUGUAGGAGUUUCACUUCUGAUCACGAUUAUGAAGGAAAUUGCACCGAAGAGAAAUCAUAUGUUUGUAAACAGUGUGGGAAAGCAUGGAGUGAUUCCUGUAGCCUUCUCUGGCAUGAAAAAAGUCAUAUUCAAGAGAAACGUCACACGUGUAAGCAAUGUGGAAAAGCAUUUAGUCGUCCCUCACAACUUCACAAACAUGAAAGAAUCCACACUGGUGAGAAACCUUAUGUUUGUACACAUUGUGGAAAAGCAUUCAUUGAUCGUAGAACCUGUUACAAUCAUGAAAGAACUCACACUGGAGUGAAACCCUAUGCUUGUAAACAGUGUGGGAAAGCAUUUCUUCGUUCUUGCCAACUUCUCAUUCACGAAAGAAUUCAUACUGGAGAGAGACCUUUUGUGUGUAAACAUUGUGGAAAGGCUUUCACCUACUCCAGUGCUUGUUAUUAUCAUGAAAGAAUUCACACUGGAGAGAAGCCCUGUGUUUGUAAGCAGUGUGGAAAAGCUUUUAAGUGUUCUGCAUACCUUCACAUUCAUGAAAGAUCUCACAGUGGAGAAAAACCCUACGUAUGUAAGCAUUGUGGAAAAGCCUUUGCCUAUGCCACUGGAUGUCACAAGCAUGAAAGAAUCCACACUGGAGAGAAACCAUAUAUGUGUGUGCAGUGUGGGAAACUAUUCAGUUUCCCCAGAUCCCUACACAUACAUGAAAGAUCUCACAGUGGAGAAAAACCCUACGUGUGUAAGCAGUGUGGGAAAUCUUUCACUCAGGGAACUUCUUUGAGAAGACAUGAACGAAUUCACACUGGAGAAAAACCUUAUGUAUGUAAGCAAUGUGGGAAAGCCUUCAUCCAACGUGAUGAUUGUUAUAGUCACGAACGAACUCACACUGGAGAGAAACCAUACAUGUGUGUUCAAUGUGGGAAAACAUUCACUUUUUCUAAAUCCCUUCUAAUACAUGAAAAAAAUCACACUGGAGAAAAACCGUAUAUAUGUAAGCAGUGUGGGAAAGCAUUUACCUGUUCCACGUACCUCCUCAGACAUGAAAGAACUCACAGUGAAAAACUUAGUGGAUAAUAUUUCUACUAAUGUAAAGCAUGGGACUGUCUGACAUGAACUUUUAUUUUGAUGUAUGAAAAAAGAAAGUGGAGAGAUACUAGACUAUAAGAGCUGCAGAAGUAUAAUUUUGGUCCUUGUAGACAGGUUUCUGUGAGAUGAGACCCUGUACACCAGGCAUGCUGGUCUGUGCCUUUCAUUUGAGCAAUGAGAAAGUAGAGGCUAGACAAUUACAGUAUUAAAUGAAGCCUGUGCUAUUUACUGGAUUUGAACACAGCUUGAGAGGCCUAAGAACCAAUUACAACUAAAUUAAAUUGUAAAUAUAAGAAAGUUGUGUUUUUACCAAUAAGAUAAAAUUUAUGAAAAAUUUCUCAUGGUUGAGUUUUAUGAAAGUAAUGUGAAGAUAUCGAAGAUUAAUUUGUGUUGAAUAUUUCUUAAACCAUAUGAAAGAGAUACAGUAAGUUCUGAGUGCUUUUUUUAAAAACUUGAUAAUUUACAUAAGUAUGUUCUGUUUUGCCAAACUUAUGUCAGUGUGUCUCAUAACAGAGAACAUAUGUAUACCAAAGCAGUUUAUCAAAACCUAUUAAAAUGUCUAACUCAUGAUAUUGCCUGUGUCUUUAUAUAAUUUUUGUAUAGUUUUUUUUUUCUUAUUACAUGGAAUUAGUAAUAAACAUUUGGAAAAUGUAAGCCACAAUAAAUUUCUCAUGUGAAAAGUUGACUGUCUUAGCUCACCCAUGUGUCAGUAAACAUCUGUUGUGCUUAGACUUCCCUAAGCCCAGCCCAGUGUGUAGUUUAGUGCUGUUUGGGACAAAUUACUCAGUGCCCUAACCUGGGAUCUAUUUUAUUUAUCAAUUGAACAAACAUUCUGAACCUGAAUGAACAAAGUAUUAUUUUUUAAUGUAUGGGCAUAUUGCCUGCACCAUGUUUGUGCAGUGCCAGUGAAGUUCUGAAGAACAUGCUGGAACUGAAGUUGCUGAUGGUUGUGAGCUGUCAUGGGUGUAGGGAAUCCUUACCCCAGUCCUCUGUAAGAGCAGCCAGGGCUUUUAGCUGCUGAGCCAUCUCUCCAGACACAGGCAAAGUGAUUUUAAAUAUAUUGCUGCAUUUAAGGAGGAAGUGCCAGAAGUUGAAUGUCAGGGACCAAUAUCGGCAAAAAUACCACUUGUCAGGAUAGGGACAUGGGGUUCAGAAAAAUGAGUAAAGAAUAUGAAGAUGUGAAUACAAGUAAUAAAACAGAAAACAGAGGACAGUAUCAGAAGGGAGUUCCAGUGAAUACCGAAAUCACCUGUGUUAAACCCCAACACGUAAGGGGGAAGAAGGCAACAAAAGAGUUCUUUAACGCUGAGACAUCAAAGCAUUCUGUUUUAGGCAGAAGCCACCCUAGACCAAGACCAAGUAUCCUGAAGGCAAGUAUGCUUGCAUAUCCUGACCAUCUGUCAGGGUGGAGUGGAUAUAUCUGUAUGGAUCAUCUUAGUGUCAAAAGUACCAAGUAACCACAUCCUGAGCAGUAUGUGUAGCUCUGGUUCUUGUCAACAAUUUUUAGCAACCUCCAAACUCUGUGACCAUCACAUGAGGUAGAAAUAGGCUCACAUUUUUUGGGCCUCCACAGUUGAAGCUAUUAAAUGUGCUUGGAAUAAAACAAGUUAAUCUAAUAAUAUUGUAGGUGUAUUAUUUUUAAUUAUUGGUCUAUUCUCAAACAAGAAAUCUUGAUUUUUCAUCAUUUUACUUUUGUAAAUAUGUUGGCAAAUAACCUAUGCCUGGUUUUGCUUGUGGUCCUUGCACUCCAUAGAAUGCUGAAGCAGAAUAGCUUAAGCCCUCUAUUGAAGACCAAUAAGACACUCUUUGAAAGAGCAACAACAGAAAAUGUAUAAAGAAACUGUUUGGGGCUGGAGAGAUGGCUCAGUGGUUAAGAGCAUUGCCUGCUCUUCCAAAGGUCCUGAGUUCAAUUCCUAGCAACCACAUGGUGGCUCACAACCAUCUGUAAUGAGGUCUGGCGCCCUCUUCUGGCCUGCAGGCAUACAAGCAGACAGAAUACUGUAUGCAUAAUAAAUAUUUUUUAAAAAAACUGUUUGCACUGAGGUGAUGUAAGUCUAAGGUUGGUAGUGUAUUCAUGAGACAUACCUAUAAAUAAAUUAUAUAAACAUACUGGUUAGUCCAU